UAUACCUAAAGGAAAACAAGUCAAAAUGCCAUUAGUUGUCCAAGAACAAGGUUCAUUCCAACACAUCUUACGUUUGUUGAACACCAACAUCGAUGGUAGAAUCAAGAUCAUGUACGCCUUGACCAAGAUCAGAGGUGUCGGUCGUAGAUACGCCAACUUGGUCUGUAAGAAGGCUGAUGUCGAUUUGACCAAGAGAGCCGGUGAAUUGACCCAAGAAGAAUUAGAAAGAAUCGUCACCAUCAUGCAAAACCCAACCAACUACAAGGUCCCAGCUUGGUUCUUGAACAGACAAAAAGACCACGUUGACGGUAAGGACUACCACGUCUUGGCCAACAACUUGGAAUCUAAAUUAAGAGAUGACUUGGAAAGACUCAAGAAGAUCAGAUCCCACAGAGGUAUCAGACACUUCUGGGGCUUGAAGGUCAGAGGUCAACACACCAAGACCACCUCCCGUGGUCGUUAAGUUAUUUUAAGUUACUUGGGUUGAACAUCAUUAAAGUUAUAAUCAUAAUAUAAUGGCUUUUCAAGGUUUAUUCGUAUUUUUUGUUUAUACACAUAUAUUUCCAUGUAAUUUACUAUAAUAUAAAAGCUUAUCCGUUUAAUAG